CGGAAAGGUUUUCUUGCUUCCCCUCGAUUUUGGACCUAUAAGCUUUGCAGCAAACUUUUAUUCACAUGUAAUGCAAAGAUAAGAAAAAUGGAGACGCUGUGUCAGCCCAGGAAUGUCAUUUAUUUGAUGUACAGGUUGCGUUGUCGCCAAGGAUGGUUUGUCAAAGAGACAGGGGGAGGGGCGGGAGUUUUGAACCGGUAUUUCUCAGGGCAAAGCUAUCGCACAACACAGCUGGGAACCAGGACUAAUCACACAUCUUGGUGUGUCCGAAAUAAAACUCACGAAUGGAAGACUCCUGUAUCCGCUGCUGUUCGGUUGAUGCAUGCCGUGAGGCAGGGUGAAACUGUCAUGAACGUUUUCGACAGAAAAACCAAACGGAAACAGAAGAACUGGACGGCCAGCCGGCCAGAUCACGAAGACUUCGACUAUCUAAGGGACGAGGUUGCCUACAGAAUUGCUGACAGAGUGUGUGACGUCAGUAGAAAAUUUCCUGUUGCUCUUGACCUUGGCUGUGGGAAAGGUUACAUCAGCAAGUAUCUGAAUAAGGAUAUUGUAGAAACAUUAUAUCAAUGUGACACAUCGGAAAAAAUGCUGGAACAUUAUUAUUUCCUGCAGGCAACAAACCGACCUUCAGAAGUGCCAACCUUGACCUUCCAGGCAGAUGAGGAAUUUCUUCCGUGCAAAGACAACAGUCUGGACCUGGUGGUCAGCUGUCUGAGCUUACACUGGGUCAACGACCUGCCUGGCUGUCUGCGACAGGUAUGGAGUGCCCUGAAGCCUGACGGGUGCUUCAUUGGUGUCAUGUUCGGAGGAGACACGCUGUUUGAACUCAGAUGUUCACUGCAGCUGGCUGAGACAGAGAGGGAAGGGGGCUUUGCUCCGCAUGUCUCCCCGUUCACAGACGUACGGGACCUUGGGAACCUGUUAACCCGGGCAGGAUACACCAUGCUCACUAUGGACAUGGAUGACUUGACAGUGAACUUCCCGUCCAUGUACGAACUCAUGGCCGACCUGCAGGGCAUGGGAGAGAGCAACGCAUCGUGGGCCAGGAAAGCCAUCCUCCACAGAGACACCAUGAUGGCUGCUGCUGCAGUGUAUAAAGACAUGUAUGGAAAUGAAGACGGCACAGUGCCAGCAACUUUCCAGCUGCUAUACAUGAUCGGAUGGAAGCCCCACAAGUCUCAGCCCAAACCAGCCAAGAGAGGGUCAGCCACAGCAUCCUUCGGGGACCUCAGCAGUGCCCCACCUCAAUCAGGACAGAAUAAACCGACUUAACCGUUCUUAACUGAGAGGAUUGUAACAACAAGCUUGGCUGAUUGGGAACAUUGGGAACGGCCUUCAUGACUAGAUACUGGGUGGUUGAAAAGUGGGAUUGUAUCCAAUCUACUUUUGCAUCCAAUCUGCUAUUUAUUCUGCCUUGUAAGUUGUUGGAAGACCUUAUCUGUAACCCUUUUUAAUGGUUAUGUCUGGAAAGUUCAAUUUAGUUUGCCAAUCCCCAUUUACAGACCCCUCCAGGUGCAUCAGGCAUGACACUUAUAUAACAACUGUAGAUGUAUUUACUUAAACCUAUGUUUACUAAAAUGUGCACGAAUAAACAUUUGACCUACUUGAAAACAUCUGGUGACAUGGCAUACUGAAUAAUGUAUUGAUGGCGAAUAGAUCAAGUACAAAAUAUCUACUUCA